AUGUUGUCAUCGUUUAUUGACAGUUUGUUACUUGUCCUCGGCUUUCCCUGCUUGGAGGACGCGCCGGCUGGGCCGGCAGGUGCCUUCGCAGAGUAUGCUGUGGCCUUGGCUGACACUGUGGCCAAGAGGGAGGGCCUGAGUGCAGAGCAGCUGGUAGGCCUCCCCUUGGCCGGCCUCACCUCCUACCAGGCGCUCUUCACGGGCGCAGGGCGUGACUUCACCGGCGCCGAACUUGGCAAGGUGGCUGCAGGCCACAAGCUGCUGGUCUUAGGUGGCGCAGCGGCCACGGGCGCUAUUGCUAUCCAGCUGGCCAAGGCUGCGGGUGCGCACGUGACCACUACUGCCAGCCCCAACAAGAUGCCAGAUGGCACCAGCAAGAUUGACUACAUGAAGAAACUGGGUGCAGACGAGGUGAUCAACUACAAGGAGAAGGAUUGGUCAGAAGCCUUGGCGGGCAAGGACUACGAUCAGAUCUACGACUGCGUCGGGGAUGCCGAAGAUUGGAAGAAGGCUGCAAAGGUCCUGAAGAAGGGAGGUCUCUUUGUCAGCAUCGCCAACUUCGGAGAUGCGAAGUCCACGGACAGCCAUACCUUCAAGAACUUUCUCUUGAAGAGCAACAGCGAGGACCUGAGCAAGAUGGUCCAGAUGGUCAAGGAGGGGAAGCUGAACAUCCCUGUUGACUCCAUUGUUCCCUUCGCGGAUGUCCCCUCCGUUUUGACCAAGAGCAUGGGUUGGGCCAGCGCCGGCAAAUUGGUCGUCAAGGUGUCGGAGUAG